GCGAGAUUUCCUGUACAGAAGACGGAAGUUGGGGAGUUGCCGCGCAAUGUUCAUUACAGUGUGUUAGAAAACAAACAUAUUGACGUUAUAUUCAAAGUUUAUUUGCUGUAAAAAUGCAGCCAUUCUAUCUUCCCCUUUUCAGAGGGAAUGAUAGUUUAAAUGGAUUCGACGAGGAGGACCAUGAAGAAUUUGCAGAGCGCCUUAGGAAAACCUUAUACUACGGGAAAACUCCAUCCACUGACCGCCCCUCUCUUCCUCUCACUGAAAUAACUGUUGAAUACUUACAAGAAGCAUGUCCAAGGCAACUAGGCAAGCUGGAUACGUUUACUGCUGCGACCACUUCAAGACAAGCUUGUAUGUCGCCAUGUUCCGUGAUGAUGAGUUUGCUGUAUGUCCAACGCUUAAAGACCCGGAACCCUGCCUACCUACAACAGAUUUCUUCUUCUGACCUGUUUCUGAUUUCUGUGAUGAUGGCUUCUAAAUUUCUGUACGACGAGGGAAUUGAUGACGAGGUUUUCAAUGACGAGUGGGCGGCCUCUGCAGAUCUAGAAACUGAAGAAGUGAAUGAAAUGGAGCGACAAUUCCUCUCGGCCAUAGACUGGCAACUUUUCGUGAGACCAAAUGAAUUCUACGACAUCCUUCAUGACAUGGAAAGGCGGAUUGCCCUACGACAAGCUAGAGAACGUGGAUGGUUUACUUAUACUGACCUCAUGGUGCUAUCUGAAGAUCCCCGAAUUGCCAAACUAGCGAGCUUUCUCAGCCAGGAGAUCUCCAAGGUGGUGCUCGUCAGCUCAUUUGCCUACUUAGCUGGUGUGUUGACCAUGGUGGGCUCGACCCUUCUAGUCACAACCAUGUCAACGGCAGUCAUGGUCCACGGUCCAACGAUCUUAGCCCCUCCUCAUCCAAGCCUUCCACAAUCUGUACCGAAAUGUCUUAACAGUCGCUGUAACAAAACCGCUUCUGAAACCGCAGCAGAUACAGUCACGAUAGAUUCCAACAGUCCAAGACACGAGGAAACUGCCAAGACAACGGAGAGAGGUAGUGAAGGGUUAUCCGUGUUAAAGAACGCUGUUGAUGGACUUCUCUCUCUCUUCACUGUGGUUUCGCUGAGAGAAGCUUUCGUUAAAUACCGUACAGAGGACAAGCAGAACAGCCACUAUCAAGGUUUGACUGAUCACGAAUACUCGACUAAAGGCACCAGACUUCCAAACAAAUCUGUGACCAUCGACUAUGGAAACUCUCUUCAUUCCAAUGACCGUGUUCCGUAUCGUCUUAAUGGUUGUGCUUCCUGUGAAAAACGCGAGUCAAAUGGAAACAAACAGAACAGAAAUGUGCGAAUGGUGUCUAAUCAGGCUCAGUGCGUUGUUGAUCAUGAGGUGGUCCGUGUAGGGUUCAAGGACUUGAUGCUAUAUGAUCGUUUCUCAGACAUAUCGUUAGGGUUCGCUACGGGACUGAAAUCUCCAGCACUGUUACACACCUGAUAAAGGUUAACAGGCCGGUACAGGAUUUUCAUUGCGGCCAAAUAGCAUAAAGAAAAUUAAAAAUGUUCACAGUUUAGAUCUAAAGAGAACAUCCAUUGUAAUCAGAAAUCUUUGAAUAUAAUAUAGUUUGGAAGGUGUCUAAGCAGCACUGAAAUGAUUUAGAUACUGGAGAGAAACAAGAGGCCCAGAGGGCCUGUAUUGCUCACACUGAAAUGAUUUAGAUACUGGAGAGAAAAAAGUAAAUCAAUCAAA